AAUAAUGAAAAGUCGACUUAAACAUUGUUCCCUCUCUCUGUGAAACCCAAACCCAAAUCUCGUCGUUCCUGUAUCCCCUUCCCCUUUCAUUCCCUUUUCACACUCUGAUCUCCCCAUAUUCCCAUGCCAAGUGUCUACUUCUUCAACACAAACCUUGUUUGAAACUUCGAAUCGACACAAAUCCUGAAAGGCCAAAACCCUAGCUAGAAGCCGCAACGCAAGCCAGAACCCCUCUGUUCGACACAAUCACACAAAUCCUAUUCUAUUCGCAUGCCAGGAAUUUCUUCCGGGGGCUGUCUGUUUGUGCGAUUUUAGGUCUAGAUUGGCCUAUCUAUGCUUAUUGGGUUUGUGUUGGUUCCAAAAAGAGACGCCCUUUCUUUGCUCUUUUUACUGCUCAGGAAGAAAAUCAAGGAGGCUAGCCUAGAUCGGUGCAAAGGCAGAUGGGCAUGAUGCGUAGGGCACGAAGCAACCCAAGCAAAGCUAACUGGAUCCCUACGGAUGUCUGUGAUGAAGUUUGCCAUAUUUGGGAUGGACCAGAGUACAAGAAGAAAAGAGAACAAGGAAGGAAGAAUCGAGCAUCUAUGGAUGGCUUUUCUCAUACUGGUGGCUCUAUUCCCUGCUCAGAGUACCAUAAGAGAAUGAGGGUGAAACUUGGCCAGAACCCCAUCAAUACAGAGAAAAAUUUCAACAAGCUGAAGGAGGAGAUGCUGGCACAACAAUCAAUCUCCUCCAUUAGUGAGUCACCUCAUGAGCCCUUGGAUGAGAGUUCUUUAUUCAUUAAGGUGGUUGGUGGGUUGAGUAAGAAAGGUCGUGUCUAUGGGCUUGGAUCAGAAGCACGUUGUUUGCACAGUGCUUCAUUUUGCUCUAGUGGACAUUCGAAAAGAUUGUAUACUCAGGAGGAGUGCGAUCAAGAGUUAGAGGAGCGUGUGGCUCAGAUGAACUCAGAGUUACUGGAUGAGGUCAUUAACUUGCGACAACGGAUGCCAGGUCUGGAACACAUGGCUCGGAUGAACUCUAAGUUACAGGAUGAGGUCCGUGACUUGCGGCUGCGGAUGCAGGAUCAUGAGCGGAGGAUGGCGGAAUUCUUUUCCCAGAUGUAAUGUGUUCCCCCAUAAACAACCAUAAGGAUGAUCACGAGGAUGAUGGACACCCUUUUGAUGAGGAUUAGAUCGAGUGUUGUCUUUGUUGUACUGUAUUGUUUUUGAUAAAAGUAUUGAACCGCCUAUUUAUAGAAAUUAUUUUUAUUGCAUAUUAUUUCAUACACAUUUUGAUAA